AUCAUGGAUACGUCUGAGGUUGAAGUCAACCCCUAUGAGCUCCUCUCGCUGGGUUCAGAGGCGACCGAUCAGGAUAUCCGGACAGCUUACCGGAAGCUCUCCCUCAAAGUCCAUCCUGACAGGGUAGGCAAUCCCGAUGCUGCACGCAAGUUUCACGAGCUCAACCAGGCCUAUGAGCUGCUGCUCGACCCACUGCGGCGCAUGGCACUGGACGCGAAGGUCCGCUUGAAGGAGGCGAAGGCGCAGCGCUUCAAGCAGUAUGACUCCAAGCGCAAGGCGAUGGUUGAGGAGCUCGAGGAGCGCGAGCGCGCUUUCAAGAAGGCGAAGAUGGAGCAGCAGAAGGAGGAGGUCGCCCGUUGGCACGAGACGGAGAAGAUCAAGGAGGAAGGCAAGCGGCUGAGGGAAGAGAGGCAGCGC